CAUUUUAAUUAUUUGGGACACAUGCAUUAUAUUUGUUAUGAUUUCAGUUUUUCUAAGUAUGUCUUUGUCUUUGCAUAUGUUAGAAUUUACAGAAAUCUAUAUUUUGACAUUUACAUUUUCGAUAGGCUUUAUCAUGGCAGAUGUUGAUGAUUGGGGUCUUUCUUCUGAUAUACAAGAGAAAGGAAUUUCGAAAUUAGUUGACAAUUUAAAUUUGGACGAUCCUAUUCCACCACCUGUGCCACCUCCAAUACCUCCUCCAAAGAUUCCUGAUGAAGCAUCAAAAGACGAUGAUGAAAAAGAUGAUGAACCUGAAUUAAAUCCUGCUGAGAUAUCUGUGAUGAAAAAACUUGUAAGAUCUCAUUUAAUUGAAGUUUCUCAUGAUAUAGAUAUCCAGAGAAAUCCUAAUUCAUCUCUUUAUUCUGUGAAAUCUUUUGAAGAAUUGAAUCUGCGACCUGAACUUCUUAAAGGUGUGUGUGGUAUGGGAUUUAAUUCACCCUCAAAAAUACAAGAGACUGCUCUUCCUACUCUUAUUGCAGAUCCUCCACAAAAUAUGAUUGCUCAGUCUCAGAGUGGUACGCUUAAAACUGCUGCUUUUCUUUUGGCAAGUUUGAGCAGAGUGGACACAAAUUUGAAAUAUCCUCACAUGCUUAUUUUGUCCCCAACAUAUGAGUUAGCCAUGCAGACAGGAAAAGUGGCAAAACAAAUGGCAAAAUUUUGUCCUAACAUUGAAUUUUGUUUUGCUGUUAGAGGUGAGGUUUUGCAAAGAGGAGAAAAAAUUACUGCUCAGUUUAUGAUUGGAACUCCUGGUAAAGUUUAUGAUUGGGCAAUGCGCUAUAAGUGUUUUGAUCUCAGGAAAAUAAAAGUAUUUGUUUUAGAUGAAGCAGAUGUUAUGAUCUCGACUCAAGGAUAUCAAGACCAGUCUAUUCGCAUCCAUAAGCAGCUACCGAAAGAUUGUCAGAUGAUGCUGUUCUCAGCUACUUAUUCUGAAGAAAUCAUGCAAUUUGCAGAAUUGAUUGUUUCUGAUCCUAUUAUAAUUAAACUGAAAAGGGAAGAAGACAGUUUGGAUAAUAUAUAUCAGUAUUACAUAGUGUGCAGAGAUAAAGAAGAGAAAUUUCAAGCUUUGUGUAACAUAUAUGGUACUGUGUCAAUAGGACAGGCUAUUAUAUUAUAUUUUGCCAUACCAGGAAGACUGCAUCUUGUUACUGAUUUUGACGGCCAUGAAUGUUCUUCAAAUGAUAACCAAAGACCUUGCCACCAGAUGUCAUUUUCUGUUUUAAUUACUACAAAUGUAUGUGCCCGUGGUAUUGAUGUUGAACAAGUUACUGUUGUCAUCAAUUUUGAUUUGCCUGUGAAUCAACAUGGAGAUGCAGAUUGUGAAACGUACCUUCAUCGGAUAGGGCGAACUGGACGUUUUGGAAAACCUGGACUUGCCAUAAACAUGGUUGAUGGAAAUAGGUCAUUAAAUGUAUUAAAAAACAUUGAAUCUCAUUUUGGAAGAAAAAUUAAAAAAAUGGAUGCAAAUGAGAUAGAAGAUUUAGAAGAAAUAGGAAAAGAUAGAUUGUGAACAAUUUAUGACUUGGCACUUCUGAAUAUUAAAAAAAAAUGCAUUUAAGUAUUUGAUUAUUUAAAAUAAUUUCAUUUUUUAAAAGACUAAUUUCUAACUCACAAUUAUUUUUUAAGAAAAUAAUGAAUUUUAACUGUACAGGCCUUGUUUUAGUGACUUUAUUUGAGCAUUUGUAUUUGCUCAGUAUUAAUUAUGAAUGCAAAAGAAAUCAUUUGCAAACUUUUUAGAAAUUUUUAAUGUUAUAUGAUGUUAAUUCUAUUUUUAACUGUUAUGAUUUGUAAUUCAUUAUCAAUUGUACCAUAUCCAUUCAAAGUGUUCCAUUUGGGUAUUAAACUACUUAAUAUUUUGUCAAAUGGUGUUUUUAGAAUUCUGCCUUUGAAAUUGCGAAGUUGUUUAUUUCUUUGGUUAUAAGUUGAUAUUGUUUGUAAGCUGACCCUGGAAAGUAAGAAAUAAAAUUAAAUUAUAAAAUAUGAAAAAUCAUAUGUCAAAUCUAAAGAAUAAAUUUUAAAGAUAAUUUAGUUCAAAUGAAGCAUUAAUUGUUCAACUGCUGUUAUCGAAUGACCCAGAUUCAUCAUCACUUGUUUCUUUGUUCAUUCUUUUGUGCUAUCAAGAACACUGGAUAUCGAUAAAGCGUGCCACCUUAAUUAUUGAGAAUGCUUUGAUUAACCUAAGGAUUUUUUUUUUUUUUUUUUUUUUUAACUUUGAAAAUGUAAAAAAGGGUUGGCUUGCAAUCAGGUAAAUAUGCUGUAAUAGGCAUUUAAACAGUUAAUCUAUAGCCUAUAUUUUGAUUUCAUAAUUAUUAUGAAUGUGUUUCAUAUGAAUUAAAAACUGCUUGCAGAAUAUGAUUGUGAAAAUUAUUAUUUCUCAAUGUCAACGUAAAAAUUUGAAGAUGUAAGAAAUCAUCAUAAAGUGGAUUAACUUGUUAACUGUUCUUUGUUAUUACAUAUAAUUAUAAUUUAUUCUUAUGUAGCAUUUGACUUGCUUUGGUACAUAUGUUAAAAUAUGAAUAUUUAGAAAAUAAAAAUAUUCUGUAUGAAAUUUCAAAAA